AUGGUUAAGCGCAGCAAACUCCUUUUGGCUCUCGACGCCCACAAGGGCCGGGAUUACGAGGCCGAAAAGCAGAAGAAAAUGAUCAAGGCCGCGGAAAAGAAGAAGGGUGUCAAGAAGGGCACUGCUGCUCCCGAGCACAAGAUCGUUGAGAAGGAGAAGGAAGAAGAAAAGGCUGCCAGCUCUGACGAAGAAGAGGAAGAGAAAGAGGCCGAGGACGAGGAGAUGGAAGAUGAAGAGGAAGAAGAAGAAGAAGAAGAAGAAGAUAUCCCACUCUCCGACCUCGAAGACGACGAGCGCGAGGAUGUCAUCCCCCACCAACGCCUGACCAUCAACAACUCCGCCGCCAUCACCUCCGCCCUCAAGCGCAUCUCCUUCAUCGGCCCCCAGACCUCAUUCUCAGAGCACAACUCGCUAGUCUCGAAAGAGCCCAUCGAGGUCGAAGACGUCCAUGACGACCUCAACCGUGAAUUGGCCUUCUACAAGGUCUGUCAGGCCGCUGCUACCCAGGCCCGUGGCCUGCUCAAGAAGGAGGGCAUCCCCUUCACGCGGCCGGGCGAUUACUUCGCUGAGAUGGUCAAGAACGAUGAGCACAUGGGCUUGAUUAAGAAGAAGCUUUAUGAGGAGGCUGCUGCCAAGAAGGCUUCUGCUGAGGCGCGUCGCCAGCGCGAUCUGAAGAAGUUCGGAAAGCAGGUGCAGAACGCCAAGUUGCAGCAGAGACACAAGGAGAAGCGUGAGAUGUUGGACAAGAUCAACACGUUGAAGAAGAAGCGCAAGGCUGACAGCUCCGCCCCUACCGACGACGCCAACGACAUGUUCGACGUUGCCAUUGAGGAGGCUUCCCAGCCCGAGAAGCGCUCCCGUGAUGGACCCCGUAACUCCAAGCGCCAGAAGAAGGACGACAAGUUCGGAUUCGGAGGCAAGAAGCGCCAUGCCAAGAGCGGUGACGCUGCUUCCAGCGGUGAUCUGAGCAAGUUCUCCGCUAAGAAGAUGAAGGGUGGUGCGAAGCGUCCUGGCAAGAGCAAGAGAGUCCAUGCCAAGGGACGUGCCUAG